CUCUCGGGGAGGGCCAGUCCCCAGGUCUAAGCAAGCAUCCUGGUGGUCUCCUGCGGUCUUCCACUCCCGCAGCGCCUGCAGGUGGGGGUUGGGGCAGCGGAGAGCGCAGGCGCAGUGCCCCCGUCUGGCGCCCCUCUCCUUGCUGGCCGCCCCUGGCAGUCCAGGCUGCAGUGGUCCCCGCCGAGCGCGCGGCGGCCUCAGCUGGCUAGGGAGGCCAGACCAGGAGCGCGGGAGUCCGCUAGUGCCCCCGGCGCACCGGCCUAGCCGCGACUCGCAGAGUGGAGUUUGAGGAUUCUGGCUUGGUGCUCACACAGAUAAACAGCAGGAAGAACAGAGCAGAUGGGAACAGGUGGUGCAUGCAGUGUUUCAGGGCUCUGAGAACACACUACUGCUCCUGGGGAUUUGUUAUCUGAAGAGAUGGAUACUUCUCCAUCCAAAAAAUAUCCAAUUAAAAAACGGGUGAAAAUACAUCCCAACACAGUCAUGGUGAAAUAUACCUCUCAUUAUCCCCAACCUGGGGAUGAUGGGUAUGAAGAAAUCAACGAAGACUAUGGUAGGUUUAUGGAGGAAAACCCAAAGAGAAGUCUGCUGAGUGAGAUGAGAAGAAAAGGAAGAUCUCUGUUUGGAACCAUGGACACUCAGCCUCAGUCAUCAGAAGACCCAAGAGCCAGUGGCAUGGGACAGUUCCAGAGCUUUGCAGAAAAAAACAUUUUUCAGUCCCGAAAAAUGUGGCUAGUGCUGUUUGGGUCUGCUUUGGCGCACGGCUGUGUGGCUCUCAUCACGAGGCUCGUUUCCGACCGUUCUAAAGUUCCAUCCUUAGAACUGAUUUUUAUCCGGUCUGUCUUACAGGUCUUGUCCGUGAUAGUUGUGUGUUAUUACCAGGAAGCUCCCUUUGGGCCCAGCGGAUACAGAUUACGACUUUUCUUUUAUGGAGUAUGCAAUGUGAUUUCCAUCACCUGUGCUUAUACCUCCUUUUCAAUAGUUCCUCCGAGCAACGGGACCACGAUGUGGAGAGCCACCACCACCGUUUUCAGUGCCAUUUUAGCCUUUCUACUUGUAGAUGAGAAAAUGGCGUAUGUUGACAUGGCUACAGUGGUUUGCAGCAUCUUAGGUGUUUGUCUUGUCAUGAUCCCCAACAUUGCUGAUGAGGACAAUUCUCUGUUAAACGCCUGGAAGGAAGCCUUCGGGUAUACAAUGACUGUGAUGGCCGGGUUGACCACCGCGCUUUCUAUGAUAGUAUACAGAUCCAUCAGGGAGAAGAUCAGCAUGUGGACCGCACUGUUUACCUUCGGUUGGACUGGAACAAUCUGGGGAUUAUCUACUAUGUUUGUCCUUCAAGAGCCCAUCAUUCCUUUAGACGGAGCAACAUGGAGCUAUCUCAUUGCUAUAUGCGUCUGUUCUACUGCAGCGUUCUUAGGUGUUUAUUACGCUUUGGACAAAUUCCACCCAGCUUUGGUUAGCACAGUACAACAUCUGGAGAUUGUGGUAGCGAUGGUCUUACAGCUUCUAGUGUUACACAUAUUUCCUAGUGUUUAUGAUGUUUUUGGAGGGGUGAUCAUUAUGAUUAGUGUAUUUGUUCUUGCUGGCUAUAAACUUUACUGGAGGAAUGUAAGGAGGGAAGAUUAUCAGGAAAUACUGGACUCUCCCAUUAAGUGAAUACCUGGUUAUUAUCAUCUUGUUAAUGUCUAGUCAUUAACAUGCACACUGCCAUUUUAAUAUUUACCUGUAGAUGUCUUUUGUGUUAUAUUAUUGAUAUAGUGCUAUAUAGUAUAAAUAAUUAUGCGGAUGCAGAAAAAUAUACCAGUCUAAUAUAUUAAAGAAUAUUAAAUAGAUGAAAUAUGUCAUGAA